UUGCCAGUUCGGCUUUAGCCGUUCCAGCAAUUAAGAAACACGCAGAAUUAAUGUAUCAGAAGAUGCUAGCUUCGGAUAAAGAACAUAUGGAAAGGCAACAACAAACGGUUGAAGAGCUGAGACUGAGUAUUGCAAAGUAUUGGGUGAUGGCAGUAUCUGCAAAUCAAAGGCUGGGAAAAGCGUUUGACACAUGGAUUGCUGACUGCCAGCAGCAACAAUCUGAUUAUAAUUGGUCUGCCAUGUGGAUUAUAAUGUCUCAAUUUUCAGUCAUGGGACCAACUAUUGUGGUGGUUAAAUUCAUUUUUGAUUGUGUCACAACGAAUAGAAUAGAAUUCACAAUAGAAUCGUAUUGGACUGAAAAGCUCAUGGAAUGGAGACAGUCUUCAAUACCUAUAAAGAUUAAGAAGGGCAAGGUUAAGAAAAUUCUCUACAAAAUAAAAAGUUUGAUCUUGACUUUCUGCAUACUAGUUCAGACCGUGGUUGUUGUGAUUUCUAUUGUCUCUUCUUACUCCAUGCUUCCAUUAGUACUGUUAGUUAAUCAUUUUGGAAAAUUGUUCCACAAAAAUGAAGUUCCAAAUGAUCAGGGGAGACCAGAGGUACAUCUCAACUGCUUUGUAAUAUUACUUGAAGGAGAAAAACAAUUUCCAAAUAGAAUAUUGAGAAAGAUUAUUAAUAAUGUUGAUACAAAUGUUGAGAUGGGUAAGAUGCAACAGCCACAAAACCUAUUUAAUCUUCUCAAUCAAAGUUUUUCCUUUAGCGGGGUAGUAGAAUUCGAUAGCAAUCGAGUUCCAAGUUUAUUAUCUGAUGAACCUCCUAAUUGUUGGACACUUCCGGUAGUAACACUAGCAAGCAUUGCCAUUGCACUUCCAAACAUUGCAAUUCUGCAUAUUGAUUGGUUGGUAACUAGUGUUGAUGAAGGCCUCCACUAUGCGAGCAUUAUAGAUGUCUUGGAUGAGAAGUGUGGGUUGAAAAGCAUUAAAAGUGUAGCAGAUGUGUGGGUGGGAGUUGAACUUCAUAAGAAGUGGUUUGACAUGAAUCUUGAGAGAAAAAUUGGAGAAGUUCGUUCUGCCAAGGAGAUUAUUUUAGCUCUUGCUAAUGAAGCUGAAAGGGUUGUUAUGGAGUUUAGCUCUACAAAAAAUAGAAUUAUAGUGGAAAAUCCUCUCUAUUGGCCUUCAAAUAUUCUAGCGGCUAAUUCAAUGUAUAGAAUUAGCCGGACCAUUCUGCUACACUAUGAAAAUAGUGAGUGCCAAGUUGAAGAGUUGUUUAGAAAGUUAAUUUGUCUGAUUGCGGACAUAUUGACAGCUUGUCUUACCAAUUUGCCACACCUGAUAGCUACGAAGUGCAUAUGCAAUGCCAUUGAAAAACGGGAGAAAAGUGUUCGCCAUGCAGCUAUUAUUCUAGGAGAAACAGAAGAUAUUCUAAAGUGUUUUGAGAAGCGUAAGCUUUCAAACAUGGGACCCAGACAACCAUUAUGCAUUGAUGAAUGGCGCCAGUGGAUAGAGAGACAUGCUCCAACUAUUUCAACUUCAGCAACAAGCAAUGGAGUAGCAUCCUCUGAUGAUGAGUCAAGUAAGCCUGUGGUUAUUCAAAUGCAGGCUUGAUUUAUGCCGUAUAUCUGUAAUGCUUAUGUGUGCUUUUUAUAUGUGUAAUUGUUUUAUGUUACUUUAGAAAUGUAAAAAGAGUAAGGACUACUAUGAAUUCUUCUAGGAGCUAUGUAAGAAUGGAAGCUGUAAUAUGCUUGUCUUUAUGCUACUUUCUAGCUUGUAGCGCUUUUA